CACUCCAAUCCUCUGGCGCGUUCGCUAUGCGAGCCCUGUCCCGAAUUCUCAUUGGCGGGCUGAUAUUGGCGACGCUGGUAUGGCUCAGAGGCCAAUUCGUCAAACUUCAUCAAUCCAUUCUUGAAAUCGACAGGUUGUCGCAAGAUGGCGGUCUGUGGAGUCACACGCACCCGGACAGUACCAAUGCAUCGACUUCAGCAGGAGAGGAUCCUCUCAGAGCGGUCAUGAAUGCCAUCUCCAACUCCUUCAUCAACGGCACCAUCGAGAAACUUGCGACACCAAAGUCUGGCCUUCGAGACACGAGGAGCAAGGUUGUAGUCGUUGCCAAAACUGCAAAAGAAAAGACGCAAUGGGCCUGCGCAAAACUGACCUUUCGCUCCAGUUGGAACCAUGCGAUUUAUGUGACCGACGAUCGAAACGCACCGUUACAUACAGCACGAAACAAAGGAAGAGAAGCAAACGCCUAUUUGACGUAUAUUAUUGAACACUACGACCAUCUUCCUGAGACCGUCGCCUUCAUACACAGCCAUCUCAGCUCCUGGCACAAUGACCAGAACGCCGCGAAAGCAUUACAAUUGCUUAACAUAGAUUUUGUACAGAAGAACGGCUACGCAAACUUCAGGUGCCAUACAACUCCAGGUUGUAACCCAGCAGAGAUUCAGCCAUUUCGCAACAAGAAAGAGCAGACUCGAAUAGACAAACAUGAAGCAGCGACUGAGAGAGCAUAUGCUAAGGCAUGGACUGAGUUGUUCAACUCGACUGUCGUGCCAGAACAGAUUGGAGUGGCUUGCUGUGCCCAAUUCGCCGUGUCUCGAAACCAGAUCCUGCAAAGACCGCUUGCGCACUAUGUCUGGUUCCACAGCUGGCUGAUGGAAACCUCGCUGGACGACGCGACGUCUGGUAGGAUCAUGGAGUACACAUGGCAUAUUAUCUUCGGUCAGGAUCCAGUCUACUGUCCUAGAGUCUAUCAGUGCUUCAGAAACGUUUAUGAUAUCUGGGAUAUCCUGUCG